AUGCAGAAGAAACAACUGACAAACAAACACAUGGAAAAGAGCAACGGAAGUAAUUGCGAGGCACCCGUGUGCUUUACAGGGCCCGGGAUAAAUGGACCUAACACGCUCCAUGGUCAGAGUGCAUGCGAAGGUAACGCUCAGAAGAAGGAAAGUGCCAAUGGACAUACCAACAUGAAAAACAUGAUCAAGGCUGAGGACCUAUACAGAGAAAUCUUAUGUAAAGACAUACAUUGUGGAGCCCAGAAAAAUGCCUGUAACGGAGUGAUAUAUGUAAAUGAAAAACAGUACGAACGAAUAAUUAAACGGAGACUGCAAAAAAUUAAACAAGACAUUGAGAGGAAUAGAGAGGUACGAGCAUUUGUAGCCAUACAAAGCAAAUCAUCUCUACGCAUGAAUCAAGUACAGGGUAACAAUUUUAAUACAUCUCUGUACACCUACGACAUUAAUUCGAAUGAAUCCUUCUUAAAGGCCAAGGGGAUGGAGCAGAACGGAGUGCCAACAGGGUUGCUAGUUGGUAGAGGGGCCACUGCGUUGUGUCCAAACGUUAACACCAACAACAACUACCUGACAUUGUAUGAUAGUAUGGGGACAGUUGUUGAUACGAAGCCUGGCAGUACAUACGAGAAAAGAAACGGUGUUUACCUGAAGCAAUAUGCUCCACAGUAUUCCUCCAGGGGGUGGGUGGGCAGUCUCAACCUCCUCGAAAGUCAGAGCCACCAUCAACAGAACCAUCGUCAACAGAACCACCAUCAACAGAACCACCAUCAACAGAACCACCAUCAACAGAAUCUCCAUCAACAGAACCAUCAUCAACAGAACCAUCAUCAACAGAACCAUCAUCAACAGAACCAUCAUCAACAGAACCAUCAUCAAAAGAACCACCAUCAACAGAAUCUCCAUCAACAGAAUCUCCAUCAACAGAAGCACCAUCAACAGAAUCUCCAUCAACAGAAUCUCCAUCAACAGAAUCUCCAUCAACAGAACCACCAUCAACAGAACCACCAUCAACAGAAUCUCCAUCAACAGAAUCUCCAUCAACAGAACCACCAUCAACAGAAUCUCCAUCAACAGAACCACCAUCAACAGAAUCUCCAUCAACAGAAUCUCCAUCAACAGAACCACCAUCAACAGAACCACCAUCAACAGAACCACCAUCAACAGAACCACCAUCAACAGAACAACAUGAGCAACCUGAACAGCAUGGGAAAUGUUAACAGCGUGGUCCACAGAACCAACCUGAACCCACUGAAACACGCAAACCGCGGGGAGGAUCUGCAGAGGAGAGCAGAAAACUACGCCGACAUGAACGACGGAAAUGUGUCCCACAUGGCCAGCUACCCCAACAUGGCAAAUUUGAGUAGCCUCACUGAUUUGGCGAACUUGGCUAACAUGAGUGACUUGGUGAACAUACCCGGCCUGGUCAAUAUGCCUGACCUGACCAACCAAACAGACUUCACCAAUCUCAACAAUUUCACCAAUCACAACAACUUCUCCAACAUGGCUAGUUUGACCAACAUGGCUAGUUUGACCAACAUGGCAAAUUUGGACGACAUGGAAAACGCCGAUAUAUUGCCAAACGGGGCGAACGGUACGAACGGUGCGAAUGAGGGCGUUCUAAGGGACAUGCAUCUAGUGGAAGACCAGGCACACAUGGAACAAAUGCACAUGGGUAGAUUGAGUGAUGUACACAACGUCAAUCACAUGAGUCAAGCCAAUCACGUAAACCACCUAAACCACGCAAAUCAAACGAACCGCGUGAACCACGUGAAUUACGCCAACCAGGUGGACCAUAUGAACUACUCGAAUCAAGUGGGCCACCCCAAUUAUUCGAAUCAUGCAUCCCACCUUGACCACCACAACAAUGGGGUUCACCUAGACCACCAGAACCGCGCGGUUCACCUAAAUCAGCAAAAUCAGGCGGCUCACCUCGACCAUCAAAACCAUACAGCCCACAUGGCCCAACUGAACCAGAUGAGCCACGCGAACCAAAUGAACCACCUCAACCACAUGCGACAGAUGAGCCAAAUGAGCCACUUGAAUCACAUGAACCAUGUCAACCAAAUGAACCAAAUGAAUGGCAUGAAUCACCUGAACAGUUCAGGCAAUUUGAACAACUUCUGUAAUGCCAUUACAGGAAAUUUCAAUUAUGGUCCUUACGACGACUAG